AUGCGGAAGGAAAGAAUGAAAAAUCUAUCAACUACUGGAAUUAUUGCAGGGAAAAGAGAUCGCGGUCAACAAGAAAUAACAUUCGUGAAGUCUUUGUGCCACUUGUUGAAUAUCACCACAUUUCAACUGCUGCAAAAUGUAAAAUAUCGGGGAAAUUGUUACGCGAUAGUUUCUGGUUUCUUGACAGAACUCGUUUCGCAAUUGAAAUUGCACUUUGGCAAUCUCGAACCAAUCUGUUACUGCCGUUUUCAUGAAAAAAAGCAUCAUCUAGUCUACAUCAUGAUUCCAUGUCUCAAUCUCAAAACUUGGAUUGCCUAUCUAUUAUGA